UGCCCCCAGUUUCUUUCUGCUUCCUGUCAGCUGCAUAGUGAAAGCUGUGGUCCUGAAACAAACAAGAUGGCAUCAGAGGCACCGUGUAAAAUGGGAGAUGCGGAGGAGACCAUGCUGAAGAAGGAAAACCUCAAUGUUCUGAAUGCACUUGAUCAAAUGUCCAAGCCCUUUCCAAACCCCAAGUCUAUGAACAGGACCGUCACUACCAAAGGAGUCCCACUUUCUGCAAGAGGAAGUUUGGUUAACUUCUUGGAGGAAGAUAUCAUCAAUCUACCGAAGCCGAUGCCAGUGGAGAAUUCUGAAGGCAGCUGUGACAACAUCAGCAUCUCCCCACUCCCAUCCACCUUGAAUCCCAUCAAACUGGCUGUGACUCAGCCCAACAGCAGCUUCUUCGCAGGGAUGCUGGAGGGCGAGCUGAACAAACUCAGCCUCUCCUCGAUAGGCAAGGACACACAAAAGAGGGACCUGGCUCUCUGCCCCCAUCAAACUAAGUCCCAAAUAGCCCCUGGGGGGCUGCUGGACUUUGGCAACCAGGAGGUGGACACAGACACCUCCUCCACACCCUCAGAGUCCUCUGUGGUUAUGGAUGUGCUGGAGACGCCCUUCAUCUGCCAACACAUAGUCAAUGACUCCACGGCUGUGAUUUCCUGGACCUAUGCCCUGGGCAAGAAGCAGGUCAGUUCCUACCAAGUCCUGGUGCAGGAGGUGGCCAACACAAAUGACCAUAAGCUGCCCAAGGAAAAGAGUCAGCCAUGCUUCUUCGACAAGGUCUUUGGCACCACCAUCAAGCUGAUGGACCUGAGGCCUAACACGAGUUACUGCCUCAUCGUCCGUGCGGCCAACACAACCAGGGUGGGGAAGUGGUGCAAGCCCUACAAAUUUGCAACCGUGGCCGCUGACUUGAACAGCUUCCCAGAGGACAACCCCAUCCAGAUCACCGUGCAGCGCAAAAAACCCCAGCGGAAAACCGUGUCCAUUGGGUUGGAGGAGAUGCGGAAGCUUGAAGAUCUGGAAUACCUAUUUCCCUACUAAGGAGGGCUCUGGGAAGCCCAGGGCUCCCAGGAACCAGAAUAAUGAAAUGUACCACCCACAUCACGCCAGGGAACUGCUGACCACCCCACCUGGAGCCUGGUGGCAGUGCUCCCGUAUCUCCACCCCUAGGCUGGGGCUGAGGCUAGUUAGGAGCUCCACUCACCUGGAGGUGCCAGUGCCCACAGCUGCUAGGCAUCCCCCUCCUCAGAACUGGGCUGGGUCCAGAUCCCUCACUAAAGCACUGCAGGUCACCCAGGA